CGAUUUUGGUGAAUGCAACUUAAAUUAUCGAAAACCCAAUACCAGCGAAACAUACGUCCAACUUUUACAACUUUCCGAUUACAACCAUGCAGAGGUUAUCCAAUGCAAGGUUGAAAUCUCAAGGACAAUCUACCACUGCGGAAUGCAUUCGCACGUCUCGGCAGUCCACAAUGGAAGAGCGGACUAUAUCCACGAGACUGGAUACUCCUUAUGUCGAAGGAUGUUUCAAGAUGGAACCUUCUCAUUAGGAGCCGGCAACAUCAUCCAUGGUCUGAGAGCUAAUCAGACUUCUUUUCACAGCCUUACCCUGGCUGGAUAAAUUAGCAAUGAUGGAAGCUGUAAAGGAACGCAAUACUCCGAUCCUUACGGCACAUGGGAUGACGUUAUUGUUCAAGCUGUCCUUAAGAUAUUCUUGAGAUCAUCGCACGUCCCUGUACAGCUAAACUCAGGGAAAAUAAUAUUGAAAUCAGGAACCGUUUGCGCUAUCAGCGAAGGUUUCUGUAUUGAUUCAGACGACGGCUACACGCAUUGGAAGCCUAUACCAACAUCAUCAUGUAAUUUCCAUCGGUAUGAUGUCCUCUAUGAAGACCCAGCAACCAGAAUUGUAGACGACGCUAUCAAUUCAGUGUCUCCCAUCAUCUACAGCUUAACAACGGAAGACAUCACCUUUGCUCUCACCAAAACUAAGGAACAACCCUUGUGUGGAUACAUUCUACUCUGCACAGAACAUCCAAAACUUUUAUCCUGGAAACCAAAAAGGGAGAUACCUUUGCCAGUCGUGGCAUCAUUUCCGUGGAUAAUCUGGAUAUUUUCGCAUAUAUGAACUCUAAAUUUGUAUAUGUAGAAAAACACAAUCGUCAUCAAAUGACUUCAUUAUAUCAUAAUGUCAUGCAACAAAAAUGCGAACUGGAAAGACAAGUAAUAACUAAUGCCUUGUCUUUUGCUACUCUUCAACCAGAUGAAUUCGCAUAUCGACUUAUGAAGGGACCAGGCUAUAUGGCAGUCACCACUGGAGAAGUUACUCAUAUUGUCAAAUGCAUACCUGUAGAUGUCACAGUAAGAAGGACAGAAGGAUGUUACACGGAGUUACCAGUAACUGUGCGUAAUAUUUCCUUAUUUCUUACUCCUAAAUCUCGAGUAAUUACUAAACUCGGAAAUCAAAGAGAGUGCAGUUACGAAUUACCUACGAUAUAUCGCAUCGAAGAUACUUGGGUUCAAUUUACACCUGAACCGCAAGUAAGACAACUACCACCUCAACAAUUACGACCAUUAACAACUUUAUCUUGGGACUACUUAACACCAGGACCUCUUGCUAUCAGCGGAAUAUAUUCCAAGAAGGAUAUAGAAAAGCUGAGGGACCACAUUAUGUUUCCUGCAGAGAAACCUGCUCUCCUUAAUACAAUCGCUAGAGGACUCACUGGCCAUUCCAUCGAUACGAACGUAGUCUCCAUGUACAACCUGCUAGACGAAGCUUCUCUCAAUAAAAUAGCUGAGAAUGCCGCUUCUCGAGUAUGGAAUGGAUUUGUUACAUUUGGUUCUGCAACAGCCGGUAUAUUUGGCAUCCUAGUAGUCAUCCGCAUUAUAAAAAUCGUUGUCGAUACUGCUAUUCAUGGAUAUGCUCUACAUACUGCCUAUGGAUGGAGUUUACAUUUAUUGGGAGCGAUCUGGAGCUCUCUCGCCCAUUUAUUACUUCAUCUC